AUGAUAGCAUCGAUGAAAGCGGAUAUUCUGGAGCCAUAUCAAGGAUGCGACAACUACUUUAAAAUACAGAAACUCACUCUUAUAGCCGUAGGAGUCGAUUUUAGUUUGUUAAAGGCACCAGUAUUUAGCAAAUUCUUACUGUGGGUUCCUAAUAUCCUGCAGUUCGCUCUUUGCUGGCCCAUGACCAAUUAUGCCAUUCAAAAUCGCAAUGAUGUCAAUGAGUUUACUGACGUUUUGGCUCCCGUCUGGCAAGUGAUGAUGGCUGUGGUGUUAUUUUUCCACUUUAUUUGGAAUAUGGGAAACCUAAGAAAAUUGCGAAACAAGAUAUGGUCGUGGAAUUUGCAAGCCAACAUUGAGGAGUUUCAAAUUACAAUAGAAGAGAAUCGACGCGAUUUCAGAAUUUCCCUUGCUUUCUACUCUAUUGUUUUAACAACGGGUAUAAUGGCCUUAACGGCGCCAUUUGGAACUGCAGCAUUUUAUAGCUGGAAAGGAUAUCGAUUUUGGGAUUUCCUAGACAUGCCAUGGAAAGCCGUGUACCUUUUUGAUCACAAAAAAUCGUAUCUCGCCUAUAUUUUUGCCUAUUUGUGGGACAUCAUUGCUGUAUAUGCCCUGUUCAACACUACACUCGUAGUCGACACUCUAUUCUCGUGGUUUGCCCAUAACAUUUGCGCUCAUUUCCGCAUCCUCAACUGGCGAUUUAAAUGUGCAGGUUUGCGUAUAUCUUCGGGAUUGGAAUCUGAUGACAAGUUUCAUGACAUCCUAACGAAUUGCAUUAGCUAUCAUCAAAACCUCAUCAAAAUAAUGAAGGAAUUCAAUAACCUCUUUCGGAUGGUGGUGUUCGUCAAGUUUGCCAUUAGUUGCAUUCAAUUGGCCUUUUUGGCUUUUCAGUUUGCUCGAGGAGGCGACUUGGUUGGUCAAGUGUUUCAUCUAUUCUUCUUGCUUUCUGUUUCAUCUCAAUUGAUGUUGUACUGCUAUGGCGGUCAGAGGAUUCAGAACGAGAGUUUAUCGGUGGCUGAUGGAAUAUACCAAUCAUUUCGCUGGCAAGAGUUAAGUGUACGACAUAAAAAACUAUUGUUGAUUCCCUUGAUUAGGUCCCAAAGGCGAUGCAGUUUGACGGGAAUUUUCUUUGUAGCCGACCUGCCUUUAUUCCUAUGGGUAUAUAGAACAACGGCGUCGGUUAUAACAAUGCUAUUGACUAUGGCAGAUGAUGACUAA